AUGUUCUACUCAAAGCCCGGCCGCAUACACUCCAAUUUUUUUGGGUUCUGGCCAACCUGGCGGCCAACAAGGUCCCAAUUAUGCGAGUUGGUGUUAUGCCACGAUCCCUGGCCGGUGCGCAUACCUCUACACACCCCAAAUGUUUACGCUCCCGCGUAA